GCACCGUCUAUACAUGGAACAUUCUCAGUGUUAUUACGACAUAUAAAAGUGCGUGGGGGGGUGUAAAUGCCCAUACCGCACAUCCGCUAUCCUCUUCCUCCACAACUCGAGAGUGACAUAUCGCAGAAGACCUUUUGUACAUCCUCCGCAGACGGACACCGCCGUUUCCUUAUCAAGUUCCACAUCGUUGACAUCCUCGUUUCCCACCAUGAGUGAAAAUGACUCCAUGAGUGAAAGUGAUUAUGAUGGAGAAGAUGUCUCCUUCACAGAAUUUGCAGGCAUAAUCCUUUCAGCCCCCGGAAAGCAUAGACAGACGCGAAAUGACCUCGAUGCGGCUGAGACCGCCAAGACCUUUUGUGAAACAGAUCUCGAAGCCAAGAAGACAUAUGUCUCUGAUCUUGACACUCAAAUCAGCCUGGCAAAGGAAAGGAUAAAAGCUUUCCCGUCUUCAGACGUUGAAAAGGCUGGGAGUUUUGAGCCCGAGACCGUGGCCUCGUUGGCCGACAGGGAUGAUGAGUUUGCUCAGCUCGUCUCCGGCCUGGCUAGAUUAACCUGUGAUCGAACGCAUGGCAAUGCUUCCAUGUCUGAGUCACGUCUUGUGCCCCCAAGCGUUCCUUGGAAUCCCCUCGAAAGGUUAAUCUCUUCGCCAUUUCGACACAUUGAAACCGAGGCACUCUUGGAAAAGUCUAAACGUGACAUGGACUAUCUUCAAGCUCAGCAUACGGAGCAAGAUAUCAAAAUAAGAAGGCUGGGGGAAAACGGUAAGGUUUCAACUGGCUCGACGGAGGCGGAUUUCCCGGAAAAAGAAGCGAAACAGGGAUGA